AUGGCUCUAGAGGGAAGAAAGUGGAAUGUAGUAGUAUACAAACAUGGUAGAGUGAAAAUUAGAAAUGGGUGGAAAGUCAAAGACUUUGAUGGUCCAAGAAAAACCCACACAAGAAUCCUACAAGGACAAGUUAUGACCCAGAAGCAUCAGAGUACAGCUAGCAUGCGUUCUCAAUCUCAGUUGCAUGAUCAAGAACAUGCAGUCUUACUGAGGAUAAAGAAGUACCUUGAAAAUCCUUCAUUCCUCAGUCACUGGACCUCAUCAAACUUCUCCCAUUGCUCUUGGCCAGAGAUAACAUGCACUGAUGAUUCAGUCACUGGAUUGACUUUGUCGAACAAUAGCAUCGCUCAAACCAUACCCUCUUUCAUUUGUGACCUCAAAAACCUCACACAUGUUGAUUUCUACAACAAUUUGAUUCCUGGGGAGUUCCCAACAUAUCUCGUCAAUUGCUCUAAGAUGGAGUACCUAGACCUGUCUAUGAACAACUUUGUUGGUAGCAUCCCUCGCGACAUUGACAACUUCUCUAAUUUGCAGUAUCUUAACCUUGGUUACACCAAUUUCUCUGGCGACAUUCCUUCUAGUAUUGGAAGUCUAAAGGAACUCAGAGAUCUUCAACUUCAAAACUGCCUAUUCAAUGGAACCAUCCCUGCUGAGAUUGGCAACUUGUCCAAUCUUGAAAUCUUGGAUUUGUCAGUUAACCCCAUGUUCCCUCCUUCGAGUUUGCAUGAUAACUGGACACGGUUGAACAAGUUGAAGUUUUUUUUUAUGUUUGGGUCCAACUUGGUCGGGGAGAUCCCUGAAACCAUUGGAAACAUGGUGGCUUUGGAGAGAUUGGAUCUAUCAGUAAACGAUUUAAGUGGACGAAUUCCAAGCGGUUUGUUCAUGCUGAAGAGUUUGAACAUAAUAUUUCUUUCUAGAAACAAUCUUUCCGGGGUAAUACCAGAUGUGGUUGAAGCAUUGAAUUUGACCAUCAUUGACCUUACACAAAAUUCUAUCUCAGGAAAAAUACCAGAUGGUUUUGGAAAGCUCCAAAAGUUAACGGGUUUGGCUUUGUCUAUGAAUAAAUUGCAAGGGGAGAUACCACGAAGCAUAGGCUUUCUUCCAUCUCUGGUAGAUUUUAAAGUAUUUAACAACAAUUUAUCAGGUACUCUUCCUCCUGACUUUGGCCGCCACUCCAUGCUUAGAACCUUUUUGAUUUCAACAAAUAGUUUUAGUGGAAAGCUACCCGAGAACAUAUGCUACAAUGUUCACUUGCAAAACAUAUCUGUCUAUGAAAAUUAUCUUAGUGGGGAGUUGCCACAAUCACUUGGUAAUUGUAGUAGCCUGAUAGAUCUAAAAAUUUAUAGUAAUGAGUUUUCUGGUAGCAUUCCUAGUGGUCUUUGGACGUUCAACUUGUCAAAUUUCAUGGUGAGUAAUAAUAAGUUCACUGGUGAGCUUCCUGAGAGAUUGUCCCCAAGUAUUUCGCGCUUGGAGAUAGAUUACAAUCAGUUUUAUGGUAGGAUUCCAACUGGAGUGUCUUUAUGGACAAAUGUGGUUGUGUUUAUGGCCAGUAAGAACUACCUUAAUGGGAGUAUUCCAGAAGGGUUAACAGCUCUUCCCAAGCUAACAAUUCUAUUGCUUGAUCAGAACCAGCUCACAGGACCACUUCCAUCAGAUAUAAUAUCAUGGCAGUCCUUAGUAACUCUAAAUUUGAGCCAAAACCAACUCUCUGGACAUAUUCCGGAUUCAAUUGGUCAUUUACCUGCUCUCAGCCAACUUGACCUGUCCGAAAAUCAGUUCUCUGGUCAAAUUCCUUAUAUUGAUCCCAGACUCACCUAUCUCAAUCUAUCAUCCAAUUAUUUGACAGGGAGGGUUCCAAGUGAAAUUGAAAAUUCUGCUUAUGACACCAGCUUUUUGGACAAUUCUGGCCUCUGUUCUGAUACCCCAGCACUGAAUCUCACGUUGUGUAAUUAUAGCCCUCAAAACCAAAGAAAGGACUCAUCUUGGUCUGUUGCUUUGAUCAUAAGUCUGGCGGUAGUGGCGUGUUUCCUGGUUUUGUUGGCAUCACUCUUGAUCAUCAGAUUUUACAGAAAAAGAAAGCGUGGAUUGGAUAGGUCAUGGAAGCUCACUUCGUUCCAAAGACUGAGUUUCACUGAAUCAAACAUAGUGUCGUCACUGACAGAAAAUAAUAUUAUUGGCAGUGGUGGAUAUGGUGCAGUAUACCGCGUUGCAAUUGAUGGUUUAGACUAUGUUGCUGUCAAGAAGAUUUGGGAAAACAAGAAGCUAGACAAGAAGCUUGAAAGCUCAUUUCACACCGAAGUUAAAAUAUUGAGCAGCAUUCGUCACAGAAACAUUGUGAAGUUGAUGUGUUGUAUAUCUAAUGAGGACUCUAUGCUCCUUGUCUAUGAGUAUGUGGAAAACCGCAGCCUUGACAGGUGGUUGCACCGGAAGAAUAAGUCGUCAUCAGCUGUUACAGGUUCAGUACAUCAUGUUGUCCUUGAUUGGCCAAAGAGAUUGCAUAUAGCUAUUGGAACUGCACAAGGUUUGAGCUACAUGCAUAAUGAUUGUUCACCACCUAUUGUUCAUCGAGAUGUGAAAACAAGCAACAUUCUUUUGGAUGCUCAAUUCAAUGCAAAAGUUGCUGAUUUUGGUCUGGCCAGGAUGUUGAUGAAUCCAGGGGAACUUGCCACCAUGUCAGCUGUGAUUGGAUCAUUUGGCUAUAUGGCUCCAGAGUAUAUUCAAACAACUCGAGUCAGUGAAAAGAUUGAUGUCUUCAGCUUUGGGGUCAUCCUGUUGGAACUGACAACUGGUAAAGAAGCUAAUUAUGGUGAUGAGCAUUCAUCUCUUGCAGAAUGGGCGUGGCGCCACCAACAGUUAGGAAGCAACAUAGAAGAUCUCUUAGACAAAGAAGUCAUGGAAUCUAGUUACUCUGAUGGAAUGUGUAAGGUUUUCAAACUAGGAGUCAUGUGCACUGCAACACUUCCUUCUAGUAGGCCUUCCAUGAAAGAGGUUCUUCAAGUAUUGCUUACUUGUGAUGAAUCAUUUUCUAAGGGAGAGAGUAAUAUUGGCAACUUUGAUGAUGUUCCCCUUCUUAAAAAUUCAAAAAGAGAGCACAAGUUGGAUAUUGAUAAUGAUAGCUAG